CCUAUUCAGUAAGCAAGGUCGACAAUAACUUGAAGUAUUGAGAACAUAUGACUCUAGAUGAACGCUUCCAAAAACUUGGAACCCUUCUCAAAGGUUUCAAAAUCACUGAUUCAUCAUUGUUGUCUUAUGGUACUGCCGGGUUUCGUCUUCCCGCUGAUAAAUUAGGCGGUGUAGCGAUUCGAUUAGGAAUAUUGGCAUGCAUCAGAUCAUUAAACUUGCAAUGUAGGGCAGUGGGUAUAAUGAUAACUGCUUCUCACAACCCACCAUGCGACAACGGAAUGAAGCUAGUUGAUCCUCAUGGGGGUAUGUUGGAUGCUGAAUGGGAACCAGUUGUAGUCAGUUUUAUGAGUUGUAGCGAUGAAUCUGUCUCUAAAUGGCUAUCAGAACAUUGCUGCAAUUUCCAAGAUGAUCAACUACCCCAUGUUGUUUUGGGCUUCGACACUCGUGAAAGUUCUCCAGCUUUAGCAAAUGAAGUUAAUCAAGGUGUUAGUGUUAUGCAUGGCAUCUGCCAUGAACUUGGACUAGUGACCACUCCGCAACUUCACUAUUUUGUUCAAUAUAUUAAUUCAAUUGGUAGCCCAUGUUCCAACCAACUUGUUGAUUUAGAAACUAUUUACGUCCAUCAUUUUGCUGAACGUUUCACCACCGCGUUAGAAAAUUUACAAAGUUGUACUGAAUCAAUACAUUUAAAUAUAGAUUGUGCACAUGGUGUUGGUUCUAAAGUUUUAGAACGUUUUCGUGCAUAUUUUUCAUCUGUCAAAGGCCCACGUAGAUUAAUAUUACACUUAUAUAAUACAGAGACAGAGAAAAAAGAGUUACUUAAUCAAAAUUGUGGAGCUGAUUUUGUUAAAAUAACACUAAAUGCACCAAAGUUAACCCCACCGAAUGAACAGUCUAUCAUGUAUCCAGAUCGAUGGGCAACAAUCGAUGGAGAUGCUGAUAGAUUAAUCUAUUUUCGACCAAUUUUUACACAUUGUUCAUCAUCUUCAGAUAAUAGGUUAAAUAAUGACAUGAAAGAAUUACAUCUAACUGGGGCUGUAGCUCAACAAGUUGAACUUCUGGAUGGUGAUCGUAUAUCAUGUCUUUUUGCUCAUUUUCUUGUUAAAGUUCUCAAGUCAGUAUCUUCCGAUCGUAAUUUAACUAUCGGAGUCAUACAGACAGCUUAUGCAAAUUCUGCGUCUACACGUUAUUUAACUGAACAUCUUCAUGUAUCAGUAGUUUGUGUUCCAACUGGAGUAAAACAUUUGCAUCAUGCAGCGCAAAGUUUUGAUUUUGGGAUUUAUUUUGAGGCUAAUGGACAUGGAACUGUAUUAUUUUCCAAACAUAUUUUAAAUUUUGCAAAAAAUCUAAAUGUGAACAAUCCACUUCGUACAUUUAUUGAUUUAACUAAUACUUCAAUUGGGGAUGCUAUAACUGAUAUUCUCUUGGUGGAAUAUACAUUAGCUUGGUUAAAUUGGUCAUUUAUUAAUUGGUUUUCAAUGUAUGAUGAUUUACCAUCGAAACAAUUAAAAGUUACUGUAGCUAAACGUGAUCUUAUACAAGUUACAUGGGAUGAAAGACGUGUAACAAGUCCAAUUGAACUACAAAUUGCUGUCGAUGAAGCUGUUCAACAAGCUGAUAAAUUAGUUGAUAAAAUUGGUACAUCACGUGCAUUUGUUCGUCCUUCAGGCACAGAAGACACUGUACGUAUUUAUGCUGAAUCGUAUACACAUGAAGCAACUGAUUGGUUAUCCGCAACAAUCGCUUUAAUAACUUAUAGAUUAGCCGGUGGAAUAGGUCCUCAGCCUACACCUCCUAAACCUCUUCAUUCCAUUUGUAAUUGAUUCAUCAACUAUUUUUAAUCGUAAUUACUGUGAAUUAAUGUGCUGAUCGGUGCUCUUUCUUUCCUCCUUUUGUUCUGUCGUGAUUUAUUCAUUCAUAUUUAGUUAUUUUGAUGUAUUUUGUUAUUAUUUGUAAUCUUGUGAAAUUAUAACUUUCGUCUCUUUACUGUUUUUUUUCCUAUGUUCUCCUCUCGAUUAUAUCUGAUGGUAAUUAUUAAGUAGUUAAUUUAUAUAAUGUUAUGUCAUGAAAUAAUGUGUAUUACAAUGUGAUAUAGAAUAUUUACAAUAAAUUAAUUUCAUACAGAACAAAUGUUAUUAAUAAUAAUGUCUUAUUUUUAAUUUUGUUUUAGAAAGAGAAGACUAUGUGUUAGAUGGUUGGAGGUAGUCGACAGGAAACUCUAGAUCUAGGUCUCAUACUAUUUGACACUCGUCAAUGGGUUAUACUCAUAGUUAUGAAAGAAGUGCUCACAACAGAUUUUGUCCCAUGUCAUGUAGCUCCACAGUUAGAGACGCUACCAUUAAGCUGCCCAGGUCACGACUGACCUGUAGGAUUAUAAUAUUUACAACUGAUUUAGCAAUAAGUAGUGACCAAUGUAAUAUUUAUCUAGUUCCUUAUAAUCCUGACCGGUUCCUGCUAUUCAUGUUGCAACUUGACAAACAUGAUAUUGGUUACCGCUCAGUCGUCAAUCAAUUAUAUGAGACUGUGUGUUUGUGAAAAUUUAAUUAAUAAUAGUGAUUGCUUCAAUUUUCUGAGUUCUAAGUUCUUUACGUAUUGAUUUAACUUUAUCAGUGGAAAAUCUUUGUUCAUAUCAUUGUUCUUUUCGCAAUCAUAUUUUUCUGUUAUUUUAGGGAACAUGAUUAAAAAUAUUGUUUGCUUGUGAUCUAUUCGGUAAAUAUAUAUAUAUAUAUAUAUAUAUAUAUAUAUAUAUAUAUAUAUAUAUAUAUAUAUAUAUAUAUAUGAAGUCUUUAUAAAUGAUUGCUUUGUUGAAGAAAUGAUUUUGUAAAUUCUAAAAUUUUAAUGUAGUGACUAAUUGUGAGUUGCUAAAGUUUUGUAUUUUAAGAUUUUCAAGAUUGACAAUCUAGUUAUUGUACUUUAUGUCUAUGAAGGUGAAAUUAAAGAAAUACCACCGUUGAGUCAAUCACUAUUUACAUUUGAGCAACGUGUUACCAUAAUAUAGUAACUGAUAAAUUGACGUUUUAAAAUGAAUUAUGCACAAAUAUUGUUGAGUUAUUGUAUGAUAUUUGAUUAUAAAAGAUACAAUAAUAUGUUAUAUUUAAAUAAUUUAAUCAGUUGUGAUGAAUGUCUAAAAACCAAUUAGUCGAUUGGGUUUAAGAUUAAUCUUUCAUGCACUAGUAAUAUUUUCUGUAAUUUUAAAAACUACGUCAGACUGACUUAAUGAAGUUUUUCAUUUAUUUAGUAAAUGUAAAUUUUCAUUUCGAAUUAUUUCCAUUUCAGAUAAAACAUUUCAAUGCACAAUUUUUCCGAAAUUUCUCCAUUUUUACUCAAAAUUCGAUCAUGUGUUUUUUUACCUCAAUGUGGUGGACGUUAUUUCCCUCCAGGAACACUUUAUCGUUCACAUCAUGAACGUUUUGAUGAGAAUUGUGAACGUAAACCACUGCCUCAUCCGGAAACUCCAAGGUUUCAAGAAAUUCCUGUAACAGAUCCUAGAAGUAAGGCGAAAAUUGCCGGUAAAAGACCAAUUCAUGUAAUUUGUGAACCUAACCAAGUUUAUUGGUGGUGUUCUUGUGGUCAUAGUAAACGUCAACCAUUCUGUGAUGGACAUCAUAUUCGGAUUUUAGGCUCAAAUCCAACCUUUAAAAUCAAUAAGCGAGAAUUCAAACCCAUUCGUUUAGUUUAUGAACAACCAUCUGAAGUAUGGUUUUGUACAUGUAAACAGACAUCAGAACCACCCUAUUGUGAUGGAAGCCAUAAUUGUGAAGAAGUACAGUCUAAAACUAAACACUAAUUAUUACACUUUUUUUCUAUAAAGUUAGCGAUUGUAUAAAAAAUCACUUGUAUACACCUUUGUGUAAUAUAAUCUUAUGAGUAUAAUAUAUGAAAUUUGGUAUAGUCGUAUUGACUAUGUAUGUUUUGUUUAUUGUAUCAUCAACUUGCCUGUCAAUUUAUGCUAUCACCUUAACUAGUCUAUAUUGACCGUAUCCUUAAAACAUCAAUCAAUAUAUCUUGUGACUGAAACUUAAAUGGGUGUUUUUUGUAUGUAUUAGUCUAAAAAGCGUUCAUUCGAUCCAUCAAGUUGAAUUGUGAACAUUAGAUGGAGUAACGUAACAUCCCAGUACACUGUGUUUGAUGUUACUUGGCUGGAGAUAAUCAAUAUAGUAAUCCAUUAAUCCAGGUGUCAUGAUAUUAGUUACUCAUCAGUAAUGUGGAUAUGUAUCUCACGG